CCGGCUCGGCUCGGCUCGGCACGGCCCGGCACACCUGGCGGGGGGGCGGGGCCGGCGCGGGGUCGCGGCGCAUGCGCGGGGCCCGCCGUGACCCGGCUGGGGAAGCCCUCCGCGGUGGCCAUUUUGGCGGCGCUUCUCUCCGGCCUGCUCAGUUACCACGUGAGCCGCCGCCCGGGGCUCGGCUCGGCGCGGCGCGGGGCUUGCCCGGCGCGCAGACGGCGGCCGGGAGGGGCCGGGCCGUCGGCCGGCGAGAGCGCGGCCGUUUGAAGGAGGGAGGGAGGGCCGGCGGGGGUGGGUGGGUGGUGAGGCGGCGGUAGCAGCGGUGGCAGCCAGGCUCCGGCGGGGAGGCUCCCGGCAGCGGCGAGCGAGCAGCGGGGACGGGACGCAGCCCACCCGUCCGCCCCCCCCCCCCCCCCCACCCACCCACCCACCUCCCUCCCUCCCCGGAGCCCCUUCGGCGGCGCCGGAGCCAGCGGCGGGAGCGGCGGGGAGGAUGCCGUCGGUGAGCCUGCCGCCCAAGGAGAACGCGCUCUUCAAGCGCAUCCUGAGGUGUUAUGAACAUAAGCAGUAUAGAAAUGGGCUGAAGUUCUGUAAACAGAUCCUUUCUAACCCAAAGUUUGCAGAACAUGGAGAAACCUUGGCAAUGAAAGGACUAACAUUAAACUGUCUAGGGAAGAAAGAGGAAGCUUAUGAACUUGUGCGUAGAGGCCUAAGGAAUGACUUAAAGAGUCAUGUCUGUUGGCAUGUCUAUGGCCUCCUUCAGAGGUCAGACAAGAAGUAUGACGAAGCUAUCAAAUGCUAUAGAAAUGCACUGAAAUGGGACAAAGACAAUCUUCAAAUCUUGAGAGAUCUUUCUCUGCUACAGAUUCAAAUGAGGGAUCUUGAAGGUUACAGGGAAACAAGAUACCAAUUGCUUCAGCUCCGACCUGCACAGCGAGCAUCAUGGAUUGGUUAUGCUAUUGCUUAUCAUCUGCUGGAAGACUAUGAAAUGGCAGCAAAAAUUUUAGAGGAAUUUAGGAAGACACAGCAGACAUCACCUGAUAAAGUGGACUAUGAGUACAGUGAACUGCUGCUAUAUCAAAAUCAAGUCCUCCGGGAGGCAGGACUAUAUAAAGAAGCCUUGGAGCAUCUUUGUACCUAUGAAAAGCAGAUCUGUGAUAAACUGGCUGUCGAAGAAACUAAAGGAGAACUCCUGCUUCAGCUUGGCAGACUUGAAGAAGCAGUUGAAGUCUAUAAAGGACUGCAAGAAAGAAAUCCCGAAAACUGGGCCUACUACAAAGGCCUAGAAAAGGCACUUAAACCAGCUAAUAUGAUGGAGAGGUUAAAAAUCUAUGAAGAGGCCUGGACUAAAUACCCAAGGGGACUAGUUCCAAGAAGAUUACCAUUAAACUUUUUGUCGGGUGAAAAGUUUAAGGAAUGUCUGGACAAGUUUCUAAGGAUGAAUUUCAGCAAAGGUUGCCCACCAGUCUUCAAUACCUUGAGGUCAUUAUAUAAAGACAAGGAGAAGGUGGCAAUCAUAGAAGAGCUCGUGAUAGGUUAUGAAACCUCUCUAAGAAGCUGCAGGUUAUUUAACCCAAAUGAUGACGGUAAAGAAGAACCUCCAACCACUUUACUCUGGGUCCAGUAUUAUUUGGCUCAACAUUAUGAUAAAAUUGGACAGCCAUCCCUGGCUCUAGAAUAUAUAAAUGCUGCUAUAGAAAGUACUCCCACUUUGAUAGAACUCUUCCUUGUGAAGGCAAAAAUCUAUAAGCAUGCUGGAAAUAUUAAAGAAGCUGCAAGGUGGAUGGAUGAGGCUCAGGCUUUGGACACAGCAGACAGAUUUAUCAACUCCAAAUGUGCAAAAUAUAUGUUGAAAGCAAACUCCAUUAAAGAAGCAGAAGAAAUGUGUUCUAAGUUUACGAGGGAAGGAACCUCGGCAGUAGAGAACUUAAAUGAAAUGCAGUGUAUGUGGUUUCAGACAGAAUGUGCGCAAGCUUACAAAGCAAUGAACAAAUUUGGAGAAGCACUUAAGAAAUGCCAUGAAAUUGAGAGACAUUUUGUAGAAAUCACGGAUGACCAGUUUGACUUUCACACUUACUGUAUGAGGAAGAUUACCCUUAGGUCUUAUGUGGACUUGUUAAAACUAGAAGAUGUACUUCGACAGCAUCCAUUCUACUUCAAAGCAGCACGAAUUGCCAUAGAGAUCUAUUUGAAACUUCAUGAUAAUCCCUUAACAGAUGAGAAUAAAGAGCAUGAAGCUGAUACAGCGAAUAUGUCUGACAAGGAGCUAAAGAAGCUACGAAAUAAACAGAGAAGAGCACAAAAGAAAGCACAGCUGGAGGAGGAGAAGAAGAAUGCUGAGAAAGAGAAACAACAAAGGAAUCAGAAAAAGAAGAAAGAUGAUGAUGAUGAAGAAAUCGGAGGACCGAAAGAAGAACUUAUCCCUGAGAAAUUGGCAAAGUUGAUCGGAUGGAAGUCUUUCUAUUCUGUAUGUAAGGUUGAAGCACCUUUGGAAGAAGCCAUUAAAUUUUUAACACCCCUGAAGAAUUUAGUGAAGAACAAAAUAGAGACGCAUCUUUUUGCCUUCGAGAUUUAUUUUCGAAAAGAGAAGUUCCUUCUAAUGCUUCAGUCUGUGAAGAGAGCCUUUGCUAUUGAUUCCAGUCAUCCUUGGCUUCAUGAGUGUAUGAUUCAUCUCUUCAGCAGUGUAUCUGAAAGUAAGGAUCUGCCCGAUGCAGUUAGAACAGUGUUAAACCAAGAAAUGAAUCGGCUUUUUGGAGCAACUAAUCCAAAGAACUUCAAUGAAGCUUUCCUUAAAAAGAACUAUGACUCACUACCACAUAGGUUAUCAGCUGCCAAAAUGAUGUACUAUUUAGAUCCUUCCAGUCAGAAAAGGGCAGUGGAGCUGGCAAUGACCCUGGAUGAAUCCCUCAUUAACAGAAAUCUUCAGACUUGUAUGGAGGUAUUAGAAGCUUUAUGUGACGGUAGCCUUGGAGACUGUAAAGAAGCAUCUGAAACUUACAGAGCAAAUUGUCAUAAGCUUUUCCCUUAUGCUUUGGCUUUCAUGCCCCCUGGCUAUGAAGAGGAUAUGAAGAUCACAGUUAAUGGAGAUAGUUCUGCAGAACCUGAAGAACUGGCCAAUGAAAUAUGAACAACUUUAUUGGAAAAAAAUUACAUUGGACCAUAUCUGGUGUAUAAUAUUUUUGUCACGCACCUGCUGAAUUGUUCUAACUUACACAGAGAACAGAAGGAAAAAAAAAAAUGUUGCCUUCAAAUAGUUUUACUUUUUUUUAUCCUGCUGACAAAGUAUAUAUAUAAAAUAUCUAACAUAUUACUGGAUAUAGGUUGUUCGGUUUCUUAAAAAUUAAAAGCUGCUAAAAUUGAAGAAAAAAAACCCUUCUCCUUACCUACCUACCCAUGUUUUUAAACUAAUUUAUAUGAAAUCUGGAGGUGUAUAGCCCUCAGAGCAGGUGUGUGGCAGAAAUAUUACUUUAAAUUUGUCUUGUGAGAUUACUGUUAUCUCAGACAGCAAAAAUGCUGUUUUAGCACUGGAUUCUUUCACUGAGCACAAAGAGUUGAUGGGGCUUUAGCAUCCGACUGAUUUUGAUACGGGGAUGAUUCUGUCCAUAGGAAGUAUGCAAUGUGAAUCAGAAUAUACAGAGAAACUUGCAACAUACGUGUUAUGUUGUGGAUGCUGGGACAUACAGAUAUCAAGCAGAAUUAAGAAACAUAGUGUGUUCAAUAAGCUUGUUGUGUCUCUGAAAUUCACUGUACACGAUCAGUUUGGUGUUCUUGCACCACAGUUUUUAACUGAAGGAACCAGUUAAAACUAUUUCUCUCUUUGAAUUAAACUUGGGGGUUGGGGUGGGGAGAAUCAACAUUGCUGUUCUUGAGAUGAACCUAUCGGCGUAGGUUGGCCAAACUUUUUAAAACUGUAAUGCAAGAACCAAAUAAAAUUAUGCACUGUGAUGUGGCACCAACUAAUUAGAAAGAUAGCAUGCAUUUUUCACAUAGAGUGAAAACAAAAUGAGAACAUACUAUGGCUUGAAGUUGCAAAGAGGAGAACUCCUGACUACCAUUUUGACUGAUCAAGAGACUAAUAGUUUAAAACCUCAGCAGGCCUUGUUCACGUUAUGCAGAAAAAAAAAAAGUGCUGCAGUUUAGAUACCUCUGGAACUUUUCCACAGUGUCACAGGUUUGUAAUACUUGAAGCCCUACAUUUCUAAGAAUAUAUUUCUUGCUCAGUUGUUUAAGGCAAGCCCAAGACUUUGUAACUUUUAAGGGGCCCAAGAUUUUUUUUCAAUAACAGACCAGCUUCUUAUUCCUGCAGUUACAGAUGUAAUUUCCUUUGUCAAACAUAAGGUACCAAAUAUAAUGCAAUAAAACGUUUUGAAAAACAA